ACAUAAUGGUGAUUAAUUCUUGGCAGACUUAAUUUCAAUUUCAUUUAAUGUUUUAAUUUUUCAAAAAAUUUUUAUGGUGCAAUAACAAACAUCCUAAAUUCACUUAAAAAAUGUAGACUAUCGUCCCUUUAAGAUGUGAAAGCGAGCAGAUGAUCCCGGUAGCACGUGUCACUGCUGUAUUGUCAUCAACCGGUUUGGACUGGAACUGCAGCGCACAGUCAAGGGCGGAGAGAGAUGCACGUGGCAUCUGUUUACAAUGUAAUUUACAGUAAAAAAUAAAUGAAAGAAAAGCAGUCCGAUUAAGCAAAUGACAUAAACGCAGUUUUGUCCAUGUCACAGAAAACUACCCAGCACGAAAACGACCCAUCCCCUGCACAUAGAGGAUGCUAACGUUACCUUUAAAUACAGAUUAAUGGCGUUUAAAUGUUCAACAGUCACUAAAAGUCUUUUAAGUGUGGAGGGGAAAGGUAGAUGUUGGGUGACACUGCAGGCAGGCUGUGUUCAUUGUCAUAAAAAAGGAAGUUAGAGGAGCAUCGAAAUGUGAAGCUGGACCAGCGAGAACAGCUUCAAACCGGUUUAAACGCCUGGCAACAAAAGCCGGAGCUCGUGCAGAACACACCGCACGAUGAUGAAGGACAGACCGGGAUGUUUCAGCUCAACACAUCCACAAUCAUUCAUAUAGAUCACAGUGGUCAUUUCACAUUGUGACACAAUGACAAGACAUUUCAAAUCAUAACGCAGGAUUGUCCAAAGGGCCAGUUCAACAUCCUGAACUGAAUUUACCACGGAAAUCAUCAUUUCCCGGUCGGUGAGGAACCCAGUGUAAACAUGAGUGCCCAGAACACAAAGCAAGCCCCGGACGGUGGAUGGGGUUGGGCCAUUGUGGUUGCCUCGUUCAUGGGUCAGCUCCUGGCCUACGGUUCGCCUCAGUCAGUGGGGGUGCUUUACCCAGAAUGGUUGAGCACCUUCCAGGACGGUAAAGGCAUGACAGCGUGGGUCGGCUCUCUCGUGUCUGGGGUCGGACUCAUUGCUAGUCCCAUCUGCAGUGCCUGUGUUGUGAACUUCGGGGCCAGACCUGUGACCAUCUUCAGUGGGGUCAUGGUCUCCGGAGGACUUAUGCUUAGCGCUUUUGCACCCAAUGUUCAGUUUCUCAUAUUUUCCUAUGGGAUUGUUGUUGGACUAGGCUGUGGACUUGUUUAUGCUGCUACUGUAACCAUCACAUGCCAGUAUUUUGACAAGAGACGCGGUCUUGCUCUUGGCAUCAUUACAACAGGUACGAGUAUUGGAGGUUUUCUCUACGCUACUGUGCAGAAUGAGUUCAUUGCACUCUUUGGACUUGACGGCUGUCUUUUGCUUAUUGGCUGCUUUGCACUAAACAUCAUCGCCUGUGCUGGACUCAUGAGACCGCUGCACCUGCCGGCCUACUACCUGAAACAGAGAGCGGCGCUGGCCGAGAAGGCCGAGGAGAAGGCUGAAAAGGCCCCUGUCGUGGAGGACCCAAUCAAGAAAAAUCAGUCCGUCAACGUCCUAAUCACAGGGGAGACGAAAGAGCCUCCACCGUAUGAGAAGAGCCUCGUGAGCUACACGGCGUUGGUGCGGCUCGUGAAGAAGAAGCAGAAGGAGUACUCUGAAUACUUGCACUCGAUGGCAGAGCUGCUUCAGAACAGGGUCUUCUCCGCCACGUGCGUGUCUUUGUUCGCGUAUUGCUUGGGAGCAUACACUCCUCUUCUCUUCCUGGAGGAUUUGGCCCAGACCGAGGGUCUGAUCAGCGGCAUCAGCACCAUUCCGCUGGUCUCCAUCAUGUCCAUUGCUGCUGGAGGGGGGAAGCUGCUGCUGGGCGUCAUGAUGGACAUCCGCUGGAUGAACAGCAUCUUUCUAUACGCCUUUACUCUGCUGGGAUCAGGGGUGGCUCUUCUCAUAAUCCCCGUCACCAAGAACUACGCUGGGCUGCAGGUCAUCUCAGCGCUGCUGGGCUUUUUUUCUGGAAACUGGUCUGUCAUACCCUACAUGACCACUAAGGUUGUGGGAAUGGAUCGUCUGACUGAGGCUUAUGGGAUCUUGAUGUUCUUUGGUGGAUUUAGUAUAAUGCUCGGACCACCAGUCGCAGGCUGGAUUUACGACUGGAUGCACUCCUACGACCUGGCGUUCUACUUCAGCGGGAGCUUCGUGCUGCUGGGAGGAGCUGGCCUUUUCCUCGCUGCCGUGUGCUGUAGGAACAACAACCAAGAUGAAAGCAGCACGCCAGACACAGAAUGCAUUAACGACUAUGACAAAGUGGCGACGGUUGCCUGAAGCACAACUACAAGAUUAACUGCUAUUCAGCAGAUGAAUUCCCACACUCUGUAAUUAGCGUAAUUUACACUGAACAUGUCAGAUCAGUGUUUUUACUCAGCACGUUACACUGAAGAACUCUGGCAAAUGAAUAAAGAACUGUCCUUAGGCUUGUUAUUUGUGGCCUUGUUUUAGGAGGCUCCGGUUCUGCAUACACAAUUCCUAGGGUUCCUUUUAGAUUAGUUUUGUUUACUGUACGGAUGGUAUUGGAAUAUAUGGAGAUGGUGGAGUCCUCAGUGCCAUGUGUCAUCAGUCUUAGAGAAACAAUGUUUUCAAACGUCUCAUGUUUUAUGAGAUGGCUGUAUUGUUGUUGUUUUUUUUUGUAUAGACGUGGAAGACUACACCACAACACUACACUGCAAAUAAAUGUCAUUUUUGUAACGAUUUCACAAUCUGAGAAACGGUCUGCAGUAUUUGGACGGGUGAUGAUGUCUUGUGUUGUACUUGUUGGUUUAUUUAUUGUAUUUGAUUUGUGUCUGUAAAAGCUGUUUGUAAGGUUCAGGCAGACAGCACUAGACUAAUUGUGCUUUUAUGUUUAUGCCUUGUUUUCUAUGCCUUGUUAUGAAAAAUGUUGGAUUUUCCUUGUGAUACAGACUGUAGUCUGUAGUUGAUUUAAAACCACAUGCUAUAAAGCAAUAUGUAUCUGUGAAAUUGCUGUCAGGUUAUUUUUAUAGCAGUUUAGCUAUCUUUUAAUUUCUUUGUUUGUGUACUUCUUGAAAUACCAGCUUAUACUGUUUUACACAUUUUGCUACAGACUGUGUACGUUUGUAUUUGUACUGCUUUCUGUUUGUUUGACUUUUUCAACCGUGGCAAGACAUUGUUACUUGAAAUAAGUUUUUUAUUAUAUUACUAUUCAACAGUGAAAAGUGGAAUGGAGGACUUUAAGACACGAGUCUGCACUCGUUCCAUCACGGGAAAGUUUUUGGUUAUGGCACCUUUUUGUGUAGUAGACCUUUGAUCCUACCUAUUAUUUAUGUCUCUUUUAUUGUUUUAUCUGCAUUUGUAUGAUUUUUUUUAUUAUUAUUAAAGUUUCACUGGCAUAAUGUUUAUGUGUUGCUUAUUUUGUAGCCAGUUCUCUUUUAUGAAACACACUAGUCAUGGUCUGUUGAUGCAAAAUGCAAAGCCAGAAUUUACUGUAAAGAUUUAAAUACUGGGUUUCAUUAGACUGCCAUGAUGUGAGGUGGCCUUGUGGUCUCCAUGGAUACAGUAACCAUAGUGAGUGCAAUCAGAGGUCUAUUUAUGCAGUCACCAGUGUUUGUUUACCUGCGGGUUUUGAUAAAGGUUGUACAAGAGCACAAUA